UUCUCUGAAUCGUAAUGGCGUUGGCAACUUCAUUCUUAUCAUCAUCACUGCCACCACCACCAAAACCAAAAUCAAACCUUCCACAUUCCCUUUCCCCAAUCCCGAGCCCGAGCCCGAGCCCUAGCUCUCUUCUCCUUCGUCUAUCCACCAAACCAUUAUCAAUUCCCGCCAUCACAUUCUCCUUGAACCAAAUUAUUCCCACGCCUCAUCAUGAACGCCCUCCGCAAACGCAUAUCCCUCCCACGCUCCUCGGCCUCGCCACCUCUCUCGUAUUCUUUCUCGGCUCCAGUGUCCGUGCCUGCUCAGCCGCUUCUUCGCCGCUCUCUCCCGUCGUCCACCACCAAGACCAAAUGAUUCAAGAUGAGAAUAAGGAUGUAGAAGAUAUAGAGGAUGAAGAGAUAAAAGCGGCAUUUGAGAAUUGGAAGUCUAAAACUUAUGCUUUGACUGUUCCUUUGAGAAUAGUUUCUUUACAGGGUUCAUUGCCUCAAUCGUGGGUUAAGGAUUUCAUGAAAGCUCAAGGAAAGAGAUUGAAGUUGCAGGCUAACUUUUGCGGUAGCCUUGAGGAUAUUUUUAAUAAUCUAUCUAUGCCGUUUAGUAAAGUUAAAGUUAAGUCCAAGUCUUUUAUGGCUGCUGAUAUUGUUGGUAUUGGUGAUUCUUGGCUUAGUUUUGCGAUAAAAAAAGUAUUAAUUGAGCCAAUACCAGGAGUAGAGGAGCAGGAUUGGUUUAGAAGCUUAAGUGAUAAAUGGAAGGUAUAUCUGCGCAGGAACUAUGCAGGAGAAAUAGAUCCUGAAGGUAAAAUAUGGGCUGCACCGUAUCGAUGGGGCAGUAUGGUGAUUGCUUACAAGAAAAGUAAAUUUCAAAAGCAUAAAUUGGCUCCAAUAGAGGACUGGACAGAUCUGUGGCGGCCUGAGCUUGCGGGCAGGAUUUCAAUGGUUAAUUCUCCCCGAGAGGUUAUUGGUGCAGUUUUGAAGUAUAUGGGGGCAUCAUACAACACAAGCAACAUGAACUUGCAACUUGCUGGUGGCCGGACUGCUGUUCAGCAGAAUCUGUCAUUACUUGGAAAACAGGUACGACUAUUUGAUAGCAUGCACUAUCUAAAAGCGUUUGGAGUUGGAGAUGUAUGGGUUGCUGUUGGGUGGAGUAGUGACAUUCUACCUGCAGCUAAACGUAUGUCCAAUGUCACUGUGAUUGUUCCGAAAUCUGGUGCUAGCUUAUGGGCUGAUCUUUGGGCAAUCCCUGCAGCCUCUAGACUUGAAACAGAUCAAAUUGGGGGGCGGGUCAGAGGUCCAUCACCAUUAAUCCAUCAAUGGAUAGAGUUCUGCUUGCAAGCGGCAAGAGCUCUGCCUUUCAAACAAGAGGUUAUCCCAGGUGCAUCUCCCUCUGCCCUGGAAAGUACUCCAGUUGAAAUGCCACGAGAUCUUCUUAAAGGUAAGCCAAAGUUGGAUACAAACUUAAUCGCUGGAGUGCCCCCACCUGAAAUUCUGGCUAGAUGUGAGUUUUUGGAGCCAUUAUCUGAUGAUACUUUGUCAGAUUACGAGUGGCUGAUCAAUGGUAUGCAAAAACCUAGUCCUGCUUUGAUGAACAGGAUACAGCAAUACUUGUCAUCAUUAAUUGAUAACUUUCUAACAAAAGCUGCACUCAAAAGUGAUGUGAAAUAAUAUGAAACCCUCUAGUUGCAUUGCCUUAUACGCCAAGUCAAUAAGAUCAAUGGAGCAACUUCAAGUGUGCUAUGACAAAGGUAUUAAACAUAAGUGGGUAUAUCCUUAUGUUGAUAUGCAACGAGUUUUCAUAACAUUACUGAUUAAGAUGUCGAUUUAACAUUGAUUCAAGGAUAUAGGUUUCUAAAUUGUCUUCCUGGUGUACCCUGCCCGACUCGGAGAACAGAAGAAAAUAUUACAUUAUAUGAUUCAGUUUGUUCACAAAUGAAUUCUCUUGUGGUAUCUUUGAUGGAAAGUUCUGAAUAUUGUAUUUGGAAUUAACAUGCACAGUUGGUACAAGUUACAACGUCAUGACGAAGCAAAGGCUAGCAGGAGCGGGAUUCCUUGUCUAAACUCCGUUGAUUUCGAGUUCAAUAUUAUUGAUUUGUUGGUGCAACCAGUGUUAUAUAGUUGCUAGUAGUUGUUGUAAUAUGAUUAAUAUUUGGGAUGUAUAAAAGAUAUUAAUGGUUAAAUUAGUAUCAGUUUGA